CUGUUAUCAGCUGCCCCAGACCCCGUCUCGUCUCCACAACAAAUCCUGCAGCCAAGCAAGGGAGCGAACUAAUCACUUGAGGUUGAUGAACAACCUUGUCUUGACAGCUAAGAGGCUGUGAUUGUAUCAAAUAAUAGCCUGACUCUUCACAUAGCUGCCAUGGAGACUGACAACAAAGGAAGACACUUUUCAAAUAGCACACCGACUUGACUGCAGAGGUGACAUGAGCUCCUCGGCCCUCCAGCAGUCUUUUCCGCUGGGGACGUCCGCAAUCAUGCCGGGAUUGUCUGCCGGGGCCGAGAUGGAGCUGCAGAAGAUGCUCAUGGACGAGAGGACCAAGUGUGAACUCCAUCGAGGCAACUAUGAGACACUUAAAACCGAACACACCAGCCUGCAGGAGGAGUUCAUCCAGGUACAAGAGGAGGUACGGCAUCUGCAGGCUCAACUCGAGAGGCUCCAGUUGCAGUUAGCUGAGCGCACAAGAGAAAUUCUGGAAAAAAACAGGGAGACGGAGGAGCUCAGACUGCAGGUGAUGACUCCUCAGCGUCUGGAGUUGCUCAGAGCUCAGGUGCAACAGGAGAUGGAGGGUCCAGUCAGAGAACGCUUCGCCAGAUUGGAAGAGGAGGCAGAGAAGUACAGGUCAGAGUUCAACAAGCUGCGUUAUGGCUACACUGUGCUCAAUGCACAGUUUGAACACCAAAAGGAAGAACACGCUCGUGUCGUGGAGGAGCAAAAGCUGCGCUAUGAGGCUGAGAUUGCCCACCUGGACAGAGACAAGGAGAACCUAAUAGCCCAGUACCAGAAUGCCGACUCUCAUCACGAUAGGAGACAAGUGGAGGUUCUGCUGAGGGAGAAAACCCAGCUCACCUUGCGCUCGAAGGCUCUGCAGGCAGAGGUGGCCGAGCUGCAAGCUCAGAAGGACCACUCGGAGCAGCAGGCGGAGAACGUUCAGCGGGUUCAGAACCGGCAACUGGCGGAGUCUCAGGCUGCUCUGAAAUCUCUGGAGGCGGAGCGUCAAUCUUUGCGCUCGCGACUGGAGCGGAUGGAGAGCGAACUCCGGCUGAGCCACGAACAGAACGGUCAGCUCACUGGACAACUGCACAAAGCCGAGAAGCAAGUCAACGCUCUGAGCGGACAGAUGGAAAGCCUGACGCAUUCCCACAAAAUGGAGGUGGCCAGCGUCAAACUGGAAUGUGCCCGCUCAAAAUGCGAACUGGAAAGAGAGAGAGAUGCCCUGAAAGGUCAACUGGAAGGCCUGCAGACAGACGUGGAAGUGCUUAAGCAUGCCGUGGAGAGACACAAGGAAAUGAUUGUGGAAAAAGAGAGGGAGGUGGCCAGGAAGGUGCAGUCGGCUCGUGACGAGGAAAUCUACAAAUCAGCUGUCUUACAGGAGGAAAGGAUGGAGGUGGAGCACCGCCUGGCUGAGUUGGAACAGCAGAGGGCGCUGCAGGACACCAAAGAGCAAGCCCAGAAAGAAGAGUGGGAGGAGCAACUCCGCAUGGCCCAAAGAGGAGAAGAAUCUGUUCGCAAAGAACUGCAGACCCUGAGGGCUAGAUUAAAGCAGCAAAGCAUCCAGCUUGAGGAGCUGGAGAGACAGACGGUCGCGGCGUCAAAUUUGAAGCAGAAAAAUGAGGAGCUGUGUGCAGAGCUGGGCACCUUGUCGCGCUCUGAAGCCGAGUUGAUGGAAGCAAAUCUGCGCCUGAAAGCCAAAGUGGACGGAGUGAGGGAGGAACUGAGGACUGCCCGAACCCAAGCUGAGAGGAGCCAACAUGAGGCAGAGCGGCGGGUGGAAGAGAAUCGAAUCGAGUGGCUGGAGGAGAAACACAAGCUGCAAGAGAGAAAGGCCAAGCUGGAUGAGAAAUACUCGCAGCUCAAAGACAAAAUGAAGAGGGCCGCAGUGGCCCAAAAGAAGAGAAGAACCCAGACGGAGAACAAAGAGAAGAGCUUGCAGAAUAAGAUCCAACUGUUGAAGGCUCAAAUGGAGGAGCUGAAACUGGAAGCUGCAGCAGCCAACAAACGUCCACUUCACUCCGAGGAGCACGCUCAGCUCCGCAGAAGGAUGCGAGACCUCCAACGGAGACACAACGAGUUCCGUCGCCUCCUGCUGGCCGACCAGGGCUCCUUCAGUUUCGGACCCGCCGUCCUCACCUCUACGCAGAACCCAUUCGGCGUCACGGACGCGGGAUCAAACGUACCGGAAGAGGAGGAGAUGGUCCAACUGCGUGAGAGGCUGGAUGAGCUAGAAAAAGCGCAGCAGCGGCAACUUGAAGAACUCAAUGGGUGUGGGUGAACAGCAACAAAACAAUGUACAGCAACAAAA